AAACUAAUAAAUAAAAAAAACUUACAAAUGAAUUCUAAAUAAUCUUUUUAUAAUUUAAAUUUCAUAAACUCGGCAAUAAACAAAUUACCAAUAUAAACACCUACAACCACUAACCCAUAAACAGUUAGAGGAUAUUUUUAUUCAAAGGUCGAACCAAAAAUACGUCCUAAUCCAAAAAUAAUAAUUUUAAGUGAUCCCGCUUUAAAUCUACUAGACCUUACAAAAGAAGAAAUCCUAAAAGACUAAAAUUCAUUUACUUAAUUUUUUUGCGGUAAUCUCCUAAAUGAAAGCCAAGUCCCUAUCGCUCAUUGCUAUUGUGGACAUUAAUUUGGUUCAUGGGCUGGUUAAUUAGGAGAUGGUAGGGCAAUAUCUAUAGGAGAUAUAAGAAAUAAAAAAGGAUAAAUAAUCGAAUUAUAAUUAAAAGGAAGUGGAGUUACUCCCUAUUCUCGUUUUGCGGAUGGAAAUGCAGUGUUGAGAUCUUCUAUAAGGGAAUUUUUAUGUAGUGAGUUUUUAUAUUUCUUAGAUAUUCCGACUACGAGGGCUGCUUCGAUUGUCCAGACUGAUGAUUUAGCUUAGAGAGAUAUUUACUAUAAUGGGAAUGUUAUAUAAGAAAAGUGUUGUAUAGUUUUGAGGCUUGCUCCUACUUUUAUAAGGUUUGGGUCCUUUUAAAUUUGCGAUAAAGGAGGACCUUCCGAAGGUUUAGGGGAUUAAAUGAUCCCGGAACUAACAGAUUAUGUAAUUGAUCUUUUUUAUGAGGGUUUGAAGGAUAAAGAAGAUAAAUAUAGACUUUUUUUCGAAGAUAUAGUUAAAAAAACGGCUAUUUUAGUUGCUAAAUGGCAGACUGUGGCGUUCUGUCAUGGCGUUUUAAAUACUGAUAAUAUGAGUAUUUUAGGGCUUACAAUUGAUUUUGGUCCGUUUGGGUUUAUGGAGCAUUUUAAUAAGGAACAUAUAUGUAAUCAUAGUGAUCAGGAUGGCUAUUAUUCAUAUGAAAAUUAACCAAAAGCAUGUAAAUGGAAUCUUUUGAGACUAGCCGAAAGCUUAAAAUACGUUUUAGAUUUUGGAGAAAGCAAAAAAUACAUAGAGGAAAAUUUCGAUGUUAUUUUAUAAGAAAACUACUAUAAUAUAAUGAGGGAAAAACUAGGAAUUUAUUCAUAAAAUUAAGAAGACUGUAAAAGAAUUGUUGAUUAAUUAAUUGAAGUUAUGCACGAAUUAGGCUUAGAAUAUACUAAUUUUUUCAGGAAAUUAUCUACUGUUAAUAUAUUAAAUACUGAUAUUGAAGAUAUUUUAAAUUAAUUUCUAUUAUUUAAAGCUCCUGAUAAUAUUUUAAUGGAUAGAAUAAAACCUAGGUUUACAUAAGAAAUGUUAGAAAAAAUUUCUGAAUUAUAUGAGAGUAAUCCUUUAGAUAUGUAAAUGAGAGGAUUUACAAUUGAUAUUAUAGAAAGAGAAUAAUAGAAAAUAAUUAAAUAUAAUUAGUAUGUUGAAAAUUAGAAAGAUAUAUAAAAUAACAUAGUGAUAUAUUAUAUAAAUGGAUAGAAUCUUAUAAGGAAAUACUGAAAAAUGAAAAAAUUGAUUUUUAGGAAAGAGCAGAAAAAAUGAAAAAAAUUAAUCCUUCAUUUGUUUUGAGAAAUUAUAUGCUUUAAUAAUGUAUUGAAA